UAUACGUGUAAAAUUUUAAUGAGCUAACCUUCAACUCUUCUUGACUAUUAACCAGCCAAACAACCCAACCCUAAUAUAAUAAAAUUGCUCACUUAACAUCAAGACUUAUUUCUCAUUCAGAAUUAAUAACCCUCCACUUUUGGAGUUUAAUAUCCUUUGAAAUUAGAUGCUAAGGAAAUUCUUGUAGAAGUUCAACCAGAUUAAAAAUUCACUCAUCCUAAAUACUUUUAAAAAGACAAUAAAGUGUAGAAAAUUUCUAAAUAACCUGCUUUUACAAUUUUUGUUGAAAGUGGACUUUGUGAUCCAAAUAAGAAAGCAUGGUUUUACUUAGAUGAAAAUUCAAAAUAAUAAGGACCUUACACCUCUGGAGAGAUUGAUUAAUUGAUUACUAAAGGCACUAUAAAUAUGUAAACUAAAGUUGCUUUAGAAACUUUAGAUAAAUUGGUUAGAGUUGAAAAAAUUGUUUAAGCUGUUAAUAAAAAAAAAGAAGCUGACUAAAAAUUAAAAGAAGCAUCUAAAUUAAAAUAAGAAGAAGAAAAUCAAUAAAAAUAACUUGAUUCACCAACCAAAAUUGAAAAAUAAGAAGAACCAAAAGUUUAAUAAUCUAAAUAAAAUGAAGAAUAAGGAAUUGAUUUUGAAAUAGAUUACUCUAAAAUUAAAUAAAAUAUUGAUAUGGGAUAAUGGGCAAAACCAUUAGUAGCACAACCUAUCCAAGUCAAAGUUACUAAAGCCUUUACUAAUAAUACAUAAUAAUCAAAAUAAUAAUCUAAAUAAAUAAAUAAGCCAACAGAAAGAAAAAGAAGUGAUAAUAAAAGUAUGCAUGUUGAAGGAAACAAAGGAAAUUUAUAUGUAAAAAAAGGAUAUGAAAAGUAUAUAUAAAUUUUAUUUAUUUAGAGAAUAAGAAGUAAUCUUAGAGGUCAAACCAAAAGAGGAAUCUGAUCUUUCUAUCAAUCAAGAAGUUUAAGAUUAUUUAAAAAAAUUGUAAACUAGAAUACCAGAAGUAGUAAAAGAAGAAAUUUAAUAAAAACCUGAAAAAUUACAAUCAUAACAAACCCAAGUAUAAAAAUAAUAAAAACUGAAAACAGAACCACCAAAGUAAGAGUAAAAAUUACAACCUAAAUAAUAAUAAGAGACUGUUGAUAGUGCUGAUGAAGAAUGGGAAAUUGUUGGAUCUAAAAAAAAUACAUAAAAAAAAAAAGAAUAAUAACAAUAAAAAUCAACUACCAAAACUGAGUAAUCAACAACAAUAUAAAAAAAACAAGAGCUAGAAUAACAAUAAUAAUAAUAAUAAUAAUAAUAACAAUAAUAAUAACAAUAGUAAUAAUAAUAAUAAUAAUAAUAACAAUAAUAAUAAUAAUAAUAAUAAUAAUAAUAAUAAUAAUAAUAAUAAUAAUAAAAAGAAGAAGAUAGUGAUGAAGAUGAAGACGGAUGGUAAACUGUUGGUGCAUCAAAUAAAGAUAAAAAAAAACCAAUUAAUAAAAAGAUUUAAUAAAAAAAUUCCCAUAUUCCUGGAUUUGCUGUUGAAGUAAAAACUGAUUCUAUAACGAUUUCAUCAGGUUCAGCUAAGAAACCUCCUGCUUAAAAGCAAAAAAAAGCCGAACCUGUUCAAUAAUAAUAACCAUAAUAAAUAUAAUAAUAAAUCCAACCAUAAAAUCCUCAAAAUAAUGAUGAUGAUGAUGAUGAAGGUUGGAUUGAAGUAGAAGUUGGUCAAGCUCCUAAAAAGGUUGCUUAAUCUAAAAAAGGAAAAUGA